AUGGCGCCCACCCACGCCACCCUCAAAGCCCAACUCUACACCGAGUCCACCCUCAAAAUGGUCUUCAAACUCGGCGUCGCCCAUUCCCACGGUAUCCUCCCGGAGGACCUGUUUAAGCGGUGGAUCGACUUCUUGGUCGAAGAUCUCGCGUUACUGGAUUUCGGGGAUACGAUGUUGAGCGCGGAUUACCAACGGAUUGAUGUGUUGUUUAAGGAUUUGAGGAAGUGGGUUGAUGGGCCGAAGGGGCCGAGUGGGGAGAUGGUUAGGGAGGCUGAAAGAGCUGCGCCGAAGAAAGUUUGGAGGGCGCCGGCUUUGCAUGCUACGUGGAAAUAUGAAGUUAGACCUGGUGGAAAGAGGGGACCGGUAAGUUAUAGACGGAAAGACUGGUGGGAGUGGAAUCCGCCUGGGCAGAAGUAUGAUGAUUAUUGGGUUGAGGAUGUUUCUGAUCAGGUAUGA